CUCAACACGCGUGGCGUGGCGUCGCGUUUCAUAAGUCUUAUGUUUCUUCGGUCAUAUUGUUUCUUUCUUUUUUGGUUGAACGCACUAAUCUCAGAAUUCCGAUUCGAAAAAAAAUGUGUUGGAUAGUGCAUUUAUCAAGGAAGGCUAUAGGCUAUAUAACAUCACACUAGGACCAGGAAGAGCGGAGCAUCGAUGAAAAUUGCAAAACGGAUACACGAGCAGUGUCUUCAGUAUUUGGUUUAGUUUCACCGCAAUCUUUACCGUCCAUUCGGUUCAUCGUAACAAUUUUGUGAUUGUAUAGUAUUGGGUAAAUAGAUUUUUAUGAAUAGAUGCGUUGGUGUAGGCGGGAUAGUGAAGGGCGGGCGGCGGGGCGUUGAGCGUGGAUGGUGUUGGUAGGGCGCGCGGUAUGGCGGCGCGGUGCGGGGCGGGGCGAGCGGGGCGCGCGCGGCGGUGAGGCCGGCGCGGCGCGGCGAGAUGCGCGGGUGCGCGCGCGCCUGGGCCCUGUGCGCCGCGUGGUGCGCGUGCAUGCUGGCGGCGGGAGCGGCGGCGGCGGCGGCUGCGGCGGCGGCGGCGGCGCGCGAGCUGCGCGUGCUGCAGGCCGACGCGCGCACUGCGUUCUACGUCGGUAUCGCGGCGCCGCCCUCGGCCGCCGCCGUCGUGUCAUCGUUCAACCGCUCGCUGGCGGAGAUCUCGCGGACGUACCUCGCCGGCGACUAUCCGUUGUACCUGCGCAACAUCACGCUACUACCCCUUUACAUCGAAUUGCCAGAAGAUGAAAGGUUCACCGCGCAGGUGCUGGAACAGACAUGCUCAGCGCUGGGGGGCCGGCGGGUCGCGGUGCUGCUGGUGUGCGGCGGAGGCACCGCCGCGGCCGCUGUUGUGUCUACCGCUACCCGUGCCGGCGUCCCGGUCCUGCGUACAUCGCCCUCGCAUCUGCAUCUUUCUUACACAAUCGCAAACGACCUGCUUCCUCUUGAGAUUCGACUAGAGAUCACUGCAAGAGAAACUCUGCAUGCGCUAAGGGCUACGCUGUUGCACACCCACUGGCACACCUUUACUUUACUUGCAGAAGAAGAUAUUUACUCAACAUUAUCGCUACGAAAAGAUCUUUUUUCUAUUCUUACAACUCAACCACUAAAUCCUAAAUGGCUUUCACUUCCUUCAAAAUAUACUCGCCAUGCUCUAUUCAGGAGACUCGCUGAAGUUUCAAGACUAACUCGAGGUGUUGUUGUCUUGAUUUGUGACAUAAAAUAUGCAAAACUAGUUAUGAAGGAAGCAAGCCGACUUAAUAUGCUUGAUGGUCACUUCUUUUGGUUGUGGAUUGAUGCUUCGAAAGAGCUUGAUGUCUUCCAUACUGUCACUAACAAAACACAGAAUACAGACGAUGAUAAUUUCGAAAUCUUCAAUGAUCAACAAGAGAUGAUGACACAAGAUAGUUAUGAACGUCGUAAGCGAGACGAUGCAGACAAUAAUUUUAAUGACAAUGUACGGAGUCAUAUUGCUUCACCGUUGCUUGAUACAAUCCCCGAAGAUGAGUCAAUCAAGGAAGUUGACAGAAGUAUAAAUAAUACUCGGUUAAAUUCAGUUUUUCGUCGUGUAAGUCGAAAUAUAAAUAAGUCCGAAGCGCACAGUGUUAAUAACAAAUUAUUAAAUAAUAAUUUUAGUCAAGAAAUUGAUAGUAGUCGCAAUACUAGUCCAAAAAAUUUAAGAAAUUUUGUAAAUAAUAAAGGCGUUGAAACUUCUAAAGUCGAAAAAGAAUCAAUUGAGAAAAGGAAAAUGUCCUUCCUAUCUAGUAAUAGUAAUAGAUACAGUAGUAAUAAAUUAAAGAAUGAAUCUUUUGAUAAAUAUGUAAAUAGCAUAAAUGUUGAAGGUACUGAGAGUUUAGAGAGUUCUCAAUUGAGACGAGAAUUGGUGUAUAAUAGCGAAUAUAGUAAAACAUUAAAAGAUAGCAUAUUAUUUUCAAGUGAUAUUAGUGAUUUCUUAAUGAAUCCCACGGUGCAUAUAGCUAAAGUGCAUAGUGUUAGACAAACUAAAUCAGAUUAUGACGAUUAUAUUGAUGAAAUAAUGGAUGAAGGAGGUGAUGAAAACGAAAAUAAUAUAACUGUGAUUAUGGAUAACCUGCCCAUUGGCCUGUUGGCAUUGCAUCCUCAACCUAUGAAAAUCGAUCGCGCAUUCGUACGUGCGGCAUUGAAAAUGGCAGUCGCCGCACUCCGGAGAGUGUUGCGAGCAUGUGACGCGUGGUCGGCUCAAGCGCAGUUUCUCAGCGACGCCACAGCAUCUUGUUGGGAUGAACCUAGUGACGCAGCUGCUGAUUUUUCAUCAGAAUUCGUGAGAGAAACAAGGAUUUAUACAGCAGCUGCAUUAGCAGGAGGCACUGAACGACCUGAAAGAGCAUUAACAGCUUCAUUUGCUCUUUUGAAUUUAGUACCAGGGUCAGAUGAAAGAAAUGCAUGGAGACAAGUAGGAAGAAUAUUAGGACGAAAUGUGAAAUUACACACUAUUAUCUGGCCCGGUGGUCGUCUUGUUGCUCACGGUCAAUCAGAUGGAGCACGAACAAUUUUUCGUAUAGUUACAGCCUUAGCACCACCAUUUGUAAUGGAAGGUGAGCUUGACGAAGAUGGUCAAUGCCUUCGAGGUCUCCCAUGUCAUCGACCCCAAACAUCUGACAGAGAUAACCUCACACUUGCUUUCAACGAUUUGGACAAAGAAAGCGAUCAAGAAGCAAGCGAUUUCUUUUUUCCAACGCCCAAGCCAAUGUUUUCACGAAUGGCCACACAUUGUUGCUACGGAUUGGCGAUGGAUCUCCUAGAAAACAUUGCUCAAGAGCUUGAAUUUGAUUUUCACCUCUAUAUUGUAGAAGAUGGCUUGUACGGUUCUCGAAGACUUGUCAAACCAUUUCGCAAGUUAAGUGAAUACAGAAGUGUUACAAAUGAAUUUCUUUUUAAGCAACAAAGCUAUCGAUCGCAAUACCGUAACGGUAUGGCUUCAGAUGAAGAAUAUAAAUAUGACGAAGAUUCUGAUGAAGAUCCAGAGAAAUGGAAUGGUGUAAUAGGAGAUUUGGUUUCAGGAGCAGCUCAUAUGUCCUUUGCUGCUCUUAGUGUAUCAACAGCCAGAGCAGAAGUUAUUGAUUUUAGCCAACCAUAUUUUUUUAGUGGAGUAUCAAUAUUAGCCGCUCCUAAUCGGAGACCUGACAUACCUUUACUUGCUUUUCUUUUACCAUUUUCGCCGGAGCUUUGGAUUGCUAUAUUUACCUCUUUGAAUGUGACGGCAAUAGCAGUCGCAAUAUACGAAUGGUUAUCACCUUUUGGACUAAAUCCUUGGGGAAGGCAGAGAUCAAAGAAUUUUAGUAUAUCUAGUGCGCUUUGGGUUAUGUGGGGCCUUUUGUGUGGGCAUUUAGUAGCGUUCAAGGCUCCAAAAAGUUGGCCUAACAAAUUCCUCAUUAAUGUAUGGGGUGGCUUUUCUGUGAUAUUUGUUGCCAGUUAUACUGCCAAUAUUGCCGCACUCAUAGCUGGACUGUUUUUUCAUAAUGCUGUUGAUGAUUAUCAAGGAAGAAGUAAUUGGCUUUCUCUACGAGUUGGGACGGCCAGGUCGUCGGUUUCGGAGUAUUAUGUCCAACGGAAUAAUCCACAGCUGGCGCAGCAAAUGCGCCGUUACGCGCUCCAAGACAUUGAGGAGGGCAUCCAGAGGCUUAGAAAUGGCACACUGGACCUUCUCAUUGCGGAUACACCUGUGUUGGACUAUUACCGAGCGACCGAUCAUGGAUGUAAGUUGCAAAGAAUAGGUGAUCAUGCGUUAGCUGAAGACACUUAUGCGAUUGGUAUGGCCAAAGGAUUUCCACUGAAGGAUAGCAUAUCUGCAGUUAUAGCUAAGUAUUCGUCGAAUGGCUACAUGGAUAUAUUAACUGAGAAGUGGUACGGAGGUCUCUCUUGUUUUAAAUUAAGCCCCGAUUAUGGGAUUCAACCAAAACCACUUGGUGUGGCGGCGGUAGCUGGUGUGUUUAUUUUGCUUGGCGUGGGAAUGAUCGUGGGCUGUCUCAUAUUGAUCCUGGAGCACUUGUUUUAUAAAUACACACUGCCUGUUCUACGUCACCAGCCCAAAGGAACGAUAUGGAGGAGCAGGAACAUUAUGUUUUUUAGCCAGAAACUGUACCGGUUCAUAAAUUGUGUCGAACUGGUGUCCCCUCAUCACGCGGCGAGGGAAUUGGUAAACACUAUUCGCCAAGGACACUUCACAUCCCUAUUUCAAAAGAGUGUGAAAAGGAAGGAACACGAACAGCGUAGACGAAGAAAGAGUAAGGCUCAGUUGUACGAAAUGAUACAGGCUAUCAGAAGGGUUCAGCAGCGGGAUCACUCGUUGGGUUCGAUUAAGGAGCAGGAACCAACAGAAACUGUGUCCGAGGAAUUAACAGAGUCGAAAUUCUUAUCUCCAUCGCCUGAAGUUUCCUCUAGAUCCCCUCGCUCUGGUCGCUCGCCUAGACAACUCCGUUCCCCAAGAGGACGCCGGAAAAGAUGCAGCCUAGCUGGACUGAAUGUGAGAAGAUUUAGCACCGAUUCUGUACUAGGUUCUGAUUCUGUAUCAAACAUUUACGAACGAACCAGUCUGAACAUCGGAAGAAGGCUUAGCAGAGACGUGAACUUCCUAUCUAGUUCUCCGCCAGAUAUAAACACUCGUCUACGCACUCCCUCGCCUAUGAUUCGAAGAGCCGAAGGAUCUUCUACGAGAAGUUACCAAGAUGUCUCGGAUAGAUCAGAAAGUUAUUUGUGUUCAGAAGCCCCUACUUCAAGGGCCAGUGUUGAAAUCUUAGUUUCAGAAGAACGUGAACUCCCGCCAGCACCGCCAUAUCCAAGGGUAUCACCAAUGGGUGCAAGAUCAAAACUUUCCUUACUAUCCGAAGAAGAACUCAUAAAACUAUGGCGAAGUUCUGAAAGAGAGGUACGUGAAGCAUUAUUAGCUGCUUUGCAAGAGCGACGGGCCAACCUAGAUCCGAAACAGGAUCCGGGAUGAAGGGGCAGACAGAUUGAAACUCUGGAAAGAACAUGGUUUGUAGAUUCAAUUAGGAUCUCUUUUCGCUUCAUGUCGUGGAGUGAGAGCAAUAGGGAGUAUCGAUAUGAUAAUACGCAGUGGUUGAUUUAGUGCCUUUUUUACAUUGUUUGAUGCGGACGUUUCGCAGGUGUUAGUUCGACAAUCAGUGUUCAUUUUAGUGUCUUGUUAUUAUUAUUAUAUUUAUAAAGCUGCCUUAUUUUAACAUUUAAUUGCUUCAUAAAUCCUUGAUCCGCGUCAAACAAUCUAAAUAUCGGUACUAAGUAGGUAAUAUUAUAUUUGGAGAUAUUUACGUCCAGAAUCAACUUAAAUAUUAAAUUAGAAACUUGAAAGUGUAGGCUCUUAAAAUAUAAUUAUGUAUGUAUAAAAUUAAGAUAGCUGACCACAAGAUAAAGUGCUUUAUUCUAUAGUGUACGUAGUUGAACAUAGAUUAUUUCAUUUAUUAAUAAUAAAUUGGUGAACAAUUUCAAAUAAAAUACUAGACAUAGAUAGAUAAUAUGUCAAUAAAAUUUUAAUAUAUUUACGAAAAAAAGACGAUAUGAAAGGCAAAUUCAUAAUACCUUAUUAUACCGCCUAUCUAUGGAAAUUAGUAUACCUAUUAAAAUGCGUGUUAUCUCUUGUAUAUUCUAACAAGAAUUGUUUAUUUUCAAUUUAUGUUCAAAAGUCAUCCUUGUCUUUAAUGCGUCUUGAAAAUAAAUUAGAAUUUAAAUGCAAAUUAUCGAUCAACAUAAAAGGUGUGUUGGUUCCUAUGACGAAAUUAUUAGUAAAAUAAAUUACUAUGAAUGUGAACAUUAAAACAGUUGCAAAGGCAACAAAACUAUUGCUUUUUAUUUUGAUUUUACCUGGUACCUGUUUUUGAAAUGCGCUAUAUUUUUUUAGGUAUUUUCUACCGUACAGGUAUAAAAAAAACUCUUUGGGUAUUUAUAUUUCCUAACAUAUACCGAGAUAUUACCUUAAUAAAAUUUACCUUUGGUUUUAUAUUCAUUUUAAGAACAGAAUUAAGAUUUAAAAAUAAAACUUAAUCAAAAGCUAAAAACAAUUAACUUUAAAAUAUGUAGGCAAUUUAUUACUCAUGUCAAUUGCAAAAUAUUGAAUAUUUAUUAAAAAAGGAAGUUUUUAAUUGCUUCAGGGCAUUUAAUUUUACUCAGAAGACUAAGCCAUUAAGAUCAGACAUAAAUAUAUGGAAGAAUUUCUAUAUAAUACCACUGGUAAUAUUGCUGGUAAUUUAUUGUUCUUUAUAAGCCAUGUUGCAAAAUUAAUAAAGGCAAGCAAAAAGUAAUACAUAAAAGAACAAUAAAAUGUUUCCAACUGCAAAUCACAUCAAAUCUACAAUAAAUCGUGUACUGUUAGGUACCUUAUCGAUUUUCUAUUCGCCGCUUACGAUUAGUAUUCAAGAAUAUAAUGGAUCUCGUACUCAAAGAACCUUCAACAUAUUCAACAAGAAACUUCAACAUAGAACAGAAGACCUUAUCAAUGUAGGACAUCUCAUAACAAAUAAGUUGUAUCCUAAGUUUGAGUUUGUAUUUUAAUGUAUACCUUCUCAUCAGAAAGUCCUAUUUAUAUGUUACCUUAUUUCUGUGAAAGCAGAAAAAAGAAUUUAGAAGGAAAGUCGAGUCAAUAUUGUGGCGUAGUAUACUUUGAAAAAGUCUUCACGAAUCGCCACAAUAUAUUCGCAAUCGAAUUGACAAUUGACAAACGAUAAGACAGAAAGCGUGAAAACAAUAGGGCUUGUAGGAACGUGAAAAAGAGAAAAUGAAGGUGUGUUUAUUGCGGAAUGAAAACACUACGUGGUAUUUUUGUCUUCGACUAUAAUAUGAUAUUGUGUUUGUGUUACAUAAUUCCGAAGUUUUUGUUCUACUUGAGCUUUUGUUUUCUUUAUGGACAUUUAUCAUUGGGAUUAUUAACACUCCUUGUCUUUGCUUCUUCUCUGUAUUGUAUCUUUUUGAUUAAGAGCAUUGUUUUUAAUGAUUUUAUCGCCAAUUUUUCUGCCUUAACAGCGACACCUUAACUAAACAACUGCUCUGAUACUAUUCAAUUCUAUGAGUAGAAAUUACAUGCAUGAUUGGUAUAGGUAUUCUUAAGUUGCUUAAAAUUAUUAUUUUUCUCAUUAUAUUAAUUACAGUUAAUUUCUCAUAAUUAUCAUUACGAUAAAUUAUGGUGAGAUAAACUUAUUAUUAGCAAAAACAUUGCAAUAUUGCCUUCAUUGAUAAAAUAGUAACUAAAACCAUCAUUAAACUUGAGUACUUGGAAAAGAAGCUAACACACAUAUAUAAUUUUUAAUUAAGAUUAUUUAUAUUUCAUGAAGUGGUGUGAGUGAUCUCGGAUACCACAUACCUUUUAUGCGAAUUGAUAUUUGAACUGAAUGAGUAUCAACUCAAUAAAUAUACCUACGUAUUUGAAAAGGAAUGAAUAAAAUACUGCCAUAUUAAUAUAAUAUUAGCUAAUACACCAACUUCUUCUUAGAUUUGCACCCUUGUAGAGUUUAGUUUAGGUUUUUUUCUCUAUAUCAUAUCCUAUAAUAUUCUUCGAAAUUACUUAUAUUAAUAAUCUACCCUUAAAUAUAAACGAUAAGCAAUAUUUUAUCAAUAGAUAUUUUGUACGUAAUAUAUAUUUUUUUCAUUAAAGUCGUCCCAUUUUAUUAGCACUACUGAAUUGUUAAAAAAUAAAAAUUUACAUUUUAACUUCCUUUUUAAUAUUUUGUUGUAUGAAUAUGAACUAUUGUUUUAGAUAACUUUCUUAUAUUUCAAGUUUGGACCAAUACACAAAUGUUUAUUUAUUAAUUAAAAUAUUCUAUUGGAUGUGAGUCAUCUAGUGAUAUAUAAAGUCUUAUGCAUUCCUCUCUCUAAUGUAUGUAUAAUAUAAUUACAUAAUAUAGAUAGUUUAUGAAAUUGCCGAGUAAGUAUAUUCGAUACUUUAGCUGUAGAUAUAUAAUAAUAAUGUCGUAAUAUAAAUUAUUAUUUAUCAUAUUACUUAUAUUUUGUUCCAUAUACUGGCGUAAAAAGGCUUAGAAUUAAGUAAAAAGAAAAUUAAUUAAUUGACAAAUAAUGUUCCAAGUAGAAACGAAUUACGUUAAAUUUCAUGGACUGGACUCAAAAUUUCUUUUUUUAGUCUAGAUAUUAUUAUUUUUUAUCUAAUAAUAUUCCACAAUAUGAAAGGCAAAUUAUUACCUAUAUUUGAUAACAAAUCCUAUAUUCUACCUACAAACUGAAAGCUAUAAAUAUUUUUCGAUAAUUCAGAAAUAAAGGCAAUGGCGUGUAAUUUGUGUGUUGUCUAUGAUGUGAAGAGAAUUGAGUUUCUAUUAUGAUUAUUAAUUCUAUAUUCAUUAUUAACCCACUAAUUGGACUUUUUCUGAGAUACUGGUCUCACAUACGCCAACAUAGCCCAGAGUGGUGUAAAUAUUAUAUUUACUAUAUUUUUUUAAUCUAAGGAUUGCCUAUUAAGAUAGGCAAGGCGUUUGACCACAAUCUCGCAUGAUGGAAAGCGAUGAGGAGGCCUAGGAUAGUGCACGCCUGCCUAGAAGAUGCCUGUAGUGGAUAGAUAAAUGUCACCGCAAUGAUACGUAUGUCUGUGAAAAUUGAUUGAUUUUAUACGAGUCACGAUGGAAAAGAGGACCGCCUCGCUAAUGCUGACGUUGCAGAAAAGCAGUUGACGAUCUUAGUGGCGCUAGUGGUAUAAACGUCGGGUUUCAAGGUGUUGCCUAUUCAGAGGUCCCAGAUUCGAAUCCCGGUGAGGCAAAUGUUAGUACGAUGAAUACGGGCAUUUGUACCCAAGUCAUGGAUGUUUAUACACCGUAAAUUUUGAGUUACCUGAGAGUACUGAAAACAGUCAUACACAUAAAACGUACUUCACCCCCAUAUAAAAAUAUUGAUUUACGUCGUUUAAAAAAUAUCGUAUGAACGGUAAAUAACAUACCCAAGUAAUUAUAUAUUUAUUUCAGUACGUAGAUACUAAAACAGUUUUUAUUUAAAUCAAUUUAUGACAAUUAAAAUGAUAGAGGUUUCAUAAUUGCACAAUUAUUCAGUAAACCUAGACAAAUUUUUCGAGAAGAGCAAAUUUUGUUUUUGCAUAAAAAAUAUAUUAAUAAAGUAAAAUAAAUUUUGAUUUAUCAAAAUUCACGGUGUGUGUGAUCACGGUGUGUGUAUUUUAUCACUGUGAUCUCUAGAUAAAUAUACUUGUGUAGCAGUAUUAUGUAUUCUAUCGGUUGAGCUACCCCUUAGUAUCUCAUAACACAGCGUUGCAGUACUUACUUUGCUCAUUGGUGUGAGUAUUUGAAAUAUUUAUUUAUUAUUUACUUGGUUCGUAAAAUUAGCUUCGUGUGAGACCAGUAUUUAAGGGUACGAUUAUAACCACAACAGUGUUUUUCCUAUUAUUUUAUGUGACAAUUCCAGGUAUCAAAGAUACCAUUAGUUAACCAUAUGAGUAUGAUCAUAUUAUGAUAAGGAAAAAACAAAUAGAAAUCUUUUAAUAGCAGUUGCUUAGAUCUUAUUUUUAUGAAACAAAGAACGCCAAUUUUAAUAUUAGAAAUGAUCGUGUCAAACAUUUGGUUUUUUAUCUGUAUAUUGAUGUAAAUAAUAUGCAAAUGAUAUUAUUCAUAAAAAGUGGUUCGAUAAUGUUUUAGCAUAAAAACGAUAAUAGUUUACUGUCAUUGAAUACCUUUGCAUUUAAUUCACGAAUAAUUAAAGAAAGCGGCUUACAACCGAUUUCAUUUUGUCCAUUAAAAUUAACCAGGUAUUGAAUCAUGCAAUACUAUGUUAAAUUGCGGAAAAAAGAUGAUGAUAAUAGUUGAAAAAUAAAUAUUUGUGCCAAUUGUUAGUUUUAUUUAUGCAACAUUAUUCCCUUCUAAAUCAUAACCAUUCAUAGAUUUUGACAAUAUUUUAGAUAUUAAAGAAUUUUUUGUCACGCUAUCUAGA